GAUCGCCGUCCCAAACGCUUCUCCUCCUCUGUUUAAAAUCCCGACUUCCCGAGUCUCUCGUCCCGCCAAACAAAAGGCCGCAGCACAAACACAAACGCUACACAGGAACGAUGCCAUCGCGUAGCAGCUAAACUGAACGCCAUCGCGUAGCCAUGACUGGCGCCGCCGUGGGCGUCGCCUACGCCUUGCUGGCCAUGGCGGCGCUGUCGUACCGGUCGGCCAUGUACUUUCUUCGUCGGCUGUGGCGGCUGUGCGACGAGUGGACACAGGCGUACCAGUACCACGAGGUGCCGCGCCGCCUCGGCCUCACCGGAGCGGAGGAAGAAGAAGAAGAGGAGAACCCGCUGUUCAGGAAAGCCUUGGUGUACGUGUCUUCCCUGCCGUCGCUGGAGGACGCCGACGCCGCGACCGUCCUGCUGCUCUCCCCGUCGCCCUCGAGGAAGAAGACGGGCUUGUCGCUGCGCCUCGGCCAUGGCCACGCCGCCUGCGACGCCUUCCUCGGCGCCCGCCUCGCCUGGACCUACCGCCGGGACGACGACGACGUCCUCGUGCUGCGCGUGCGCCGGCACGACCGGACACGGGUGCUCCGUCCGUACCUGCAGCACGUCGAGUCCGUGGCCGACGAGCUCGACCUCCAGCGCCGCCGGCGCGGCGAGCUGCGCGUCUUCGCCAACACGGGCGGCGCGCGAUGGGCGUCGGCGCCGUUCACGAACCCGGCGACGCUGGACACGGCAGUGGCCAUGGACAGCGGCCUCAAGGCCCGCGUCCGCGCCGACCUGGAGAGCUUCGCCAGCGGCCGGGCCUACUACCGCCGGCUCGGCCUUGUCUGGCGCCGGAGCUACCUCCUCCAUGGCCCGCCCGGCACCGGCAAGUCCACCUUCGCCUCCGCCAUGGCCAGGUUCCUCGGCUACGACCUCGACCUCUCCCAUGCCGGUCCCGGCGACGUCCGCGCGCUGCUCAUGCGUACCACCCCGCGCUCUCUCAUCCUCGUCGAGCACCUCCACCUGUACCACGGGGAAGAAGACGACGCGGCCUCGAGUGUCAUGGGAGGCGUGUUCGCGUCGUGCUGCGGCGAGGAGCGGGUCAUGGUGUUCACGACGACGCAAGGCGGAGAGGCUGAGGCGACUCGGGGCGGCAUGGCGGGAAGAGUGGACGUGCGCGUCGGGUUUAAGCUCUGCGACUUCGAGGCGUUCAAGGCCAUGGCGAGCAGCUACCUCGGGCUGAGGGAGCACAAGCUGUACCCGGAGGUUGAAGAAGGAUUCGUCCGUGGCGGGGCGCGGCUGAGCCCCGCGGAGCUCGGCGGGAUCUUGGUCGCGCACCGCGGGUCGCCGACGCGCGCGCUCCGCGCCGUCAUCACCAAGCUCCAGCUCCAGCCGCGCGUCUCGGGUCCGUCGUCGGUCGGGACGAAGCUGACGCACCGGAGGGUCACGAGCUGGUCCGGACCAGAGGCGGCGGUCAUGGCGCCGGCGCCGGCGGGAGGUGGGGUGUUCGCGAAGGACGCGCCGAUAAGGGGGGAGUUGAAGAAGCUGUACGGGCUGAUGAAGAUCAGGAGCCGGAGGGAGGGCGCCGGCGUCGUGCCCUUGGAAGAAGGCGACACGGUGGAUGGCCGGCGCGGCGGUGAGCAGGGCUCGGGCGACCACGGGAAGGAGUGGUGAUUUUGAUCAGGCGGCUGUACUUGACUUGGUAGGUAGGACACACAAUAUGUCGGUAGUUUUUUUUUUACUAUAUUCUUCUUCUUUUUUUACAUCUAUUUUCUUUACUUGUCGAUGCAAAAAAUAGAGAUAUAAAAUUUUUGAGAAUGGUUAGAGCGAUUUUGAUUAUAAAACUUGGUUAAAAGUGUUUUGAAAUCUUAGAGUGAAUUCUGUUUUUUUACCUGUAUUUUGUACAUUUCCAUAUAAACCCAAACGGAAUGAGUAA